AGUCCGCUGAGUCUCUGGAAGCAGAUGCGGGUCAGGAGGGCGAAGUAACGGGAUUCCUGUCGGGAUAAUUGUUUGCUCCGGUCGGCCUGUCGCUCGGUGAACGUCGCUGUGAGGCGGAUAGCAGUCAGCUGACCUCUGAGCUCCCCGGAAACAGUUUAAAGAGCUAUGGGGGGAUAAUAAUAAUAAUAGCCCCACAGCAGGGCGUGUUUACGCCAGCUUCCUCCAGCGCAGCAGCAGGGAUGUAGCUGCGCCUCUUCAGCUUCACAGGUGACAUGGUGUUUGGUUAAGGUUACGGCUGAGGGGCGGACGGGCUGGUUCUCUGCUUACCUAAUAAAUUACUCGUCUUCGAUCGAAGAAGAGACUCCUUCGGUCUCAGCCGUCGCCCACGCAGCGCCCAGAUGCCUAACACGUCGGAGGGCCAGGGGGCGAAUCUCCAAGGGCCCGCGGAGCAGCAGAGACCCGCGGAGGGGGAGCAGGAGGACCGCGGGCUGAUCAGCUCCCUGGCCCGGGACGCUGCCAGGCUGAGGCGGGCCUCGAGCGCAGAGCUCCACCUGCAGUGGACGUGCCCGGUCACCCACUCCCGGGAGAAGUUCUACACCGUCUGCUCCGACUACGCCCUCCUCAACCAGGCGGCCUCCGUCUACUGCUGCCCUCCGAAGGUGGCCAGGAACAAGCAGGAGGACGGGCCGCCGCCCGGGAGGCCCAACCCCUCCGCCGACUUGAGCGGCGGUCCGACCGGAGCGGGUCCCGUGGGGUCGGACGGAGACUGUGACGUGGAGGAGGAGGCGUCGUCCGGCCACGGCAAGCCUCUUCUGGCGUGGGAGAUCGACACGGCGGACUUUAACGCCGUCUUCACGAGGAAGAUGAGACCCAGCAACGGGAAGAAAUGCAGCGCCAAGAAGAUGAGGGCUUCAGACAGACCCAGCAGGAAUCUGCAGGAUGUGCCGGUCCACGCGUCUCUGGAGGAGAUCAAACAGAGAAAAGUGCUGGACCUCAGAAGAUGGUACUGCAUCAGUCGGCCGCAGUACAAGACGUCUUGUGGCAUCUCCUCUCUGGUGUCCUGUUGGAACUUCCUGUACAGCACUCUGGGUGCAGGGAGUCUUCCACCCAUCUCUCAGGAGGAGGCGCUGCACAUCCUGGGCUUUCAGCCGCCCUUUGAAGACAUCAAGUUCGGCCCCUUCACAGGCAACGCGACGCUAAUGCGGUGGUUCAGGCAACUCAACGACAAUUUCCGAGUGCGGGGUUGUUCCUACAUUUUGUACAAACCUCAUGGCAAACACAAGACUGCAGGAGAAACUGCUGAAGGCGCUCUGAUGAAGCUGACGCAGGGCUUGAAGGAUGAGUCCAUGGCCUACAUUUACCACUGUCAGAACCAUUACUUCUGCCCAGUGGGCUUUGAGGCUACGCCACUGAAAGCAGCCAAAGCCUACAGGGGUCCUCCACCCACAAAUGAGAUGGAGCACUGGAUCUUAAUCGGUGAGCCCAGUAGAAAACAUCCAGCAAUUCACUGUAAAAAGUGGUUGGACAUCGUGACUGACCUCAACACGCAGAACCCAGAGUACCUGGACAUCCGCCACACCGAGAGGGGGCUUCAGCGCCGCAAAACCAAAAAGGUGGGCGGCAACCUGCACUGCAUCAUGGCCUUCCAGAGGGUCAACUGGCAGAAGCUCGGCCCCUGGGCUCUGAACUUGGAGAACCUCCGGCACGAGUUUCACCACGCCAGCACAGACCGGGCCCACGGCAGCGCGGCCGAGGAGUCCGAGGAGAGAACGGCGUCCAAGCGCCUGGCCCAGCUGGGACGCUCGCAGAGCAUGGGCAGCCAGAAGGACACCUGCAGCUGGAAACGGCUGUCCAACACCACAGAGUACAGACAGAGGAGCUCACCGAGUGACCUGGAGGAGGACAUCACAGACUGAUAAACAGAGCAGAGGCUUUUAAAGGACAGGCCUUUUUUUUUUUUUGUAAUUUUAAAUAAAAAAUUUAAUAUUGUAUAAAGGUCUCUGCUAGUGUCAGGCAUCCUUGUGACUUCAUCUCAUCUUUAACCUUUUUCCACCAUGGUGUGUGUUUGAACAGUUACUUUUAUAGUUACUUUAUUAUUUUUACAGUGUAGUUGCAGCUUCAACUGAUACAUUUGCUCCUUCAUUUAGCACUGACUAAGGACUUACUUGUUUCCCGCAGGAAAUUAAACCAGGAGAUCUCAACAAAGACGUUCCCAGACACUGGAGACAGAUUUCAGCUUCGUAGGCUGAAACCAGUCGGAAAAUGACAAAUCCAAUCUUUUUUUUUUUUUUUUUUUU